AUGUUUCGGCACUUUUUGAGAUCUAUUAGAACUCAACAAUGUCGCACAUGUAUUGCUGCUAUUUCCAGGUACCCAGAUACUAGGGCCUUUAGUGGCAUUUCUCAAAUUGCUAAUACAGUAAGGAGGAAUAGAAGUAAGCCAUUACUAAACAUGUGUAACUGUCGAACAAUGUUCAUCCAAACACAAGAAACUCCCAACCCGAACAGUUUAAAAUUCCUCCCUGGCACACAAGUGUUAGAACCAGGACAAACAAUUGACUUUCCUAAUAUUGGAGCUGCACAAUGCAGUCCUUUGGCAAAAAUGAUCUUCCGUAUUGAUGGAGUAAAGGCUGUGUUUUUUGGAUCUGAUUUCAUAACUGUUACAAAACAAGAUGAUGAUGUUGAAUGGAAAUUAUUGAAACCCGAUAUUUUUGCAACAAUAAUGGACUUCUUUGCUAGUGGUUUACCAGUUGUUACUGAUGCAAAGCUUUCAGGAGAUACCCAAAUAAAUGAAGACGACGAUGAAAUUGUUCAAAUGAUAAAAGAAUUACUGGAUACAAGAAUAAGACCAACAGUGCAAGAAGACGGUGGUGAUGUGUUGUUUGUUGACUUCAAAGAUGGGAUUUUGAGACUCAAGAUGCAAGGAUCUUGCUCAUCUUGUCCAAGCUCUAUAGUUACUUUGAAAAAUGGAGUUCAAAACAUGAUGCAGUUUUAUAUCCCUGAAGUUCUAGCCGUUGAGCAAAUAGAUGAUGAAGGAGAGAAGCUUAGUGAAAAAAUAUUUAAACAAUUCGAAGAAAUGAAGCAAAAAGAAACCAAAACUGAAUAA